CACCCGCAAUGCAAUUUAUUUAUUAUCGAAUAACGCGAAGGCAGUACAGAUUAAUAUAGAGGAGCGUCUGCCACCACCGCCGUUAUCACAACGAACAGGAUCCAUAAUACACGACCGACGGUGGAUAGUUUAUCAUUUUCGACUUCGUUUCCUGGCUGAACACAUCAAUGAUGAUACUGUAUACAAGAAAAAGGAUCAGGUGUUUAUCAUAUCGCCCAGGUAGCGGUUUACAUGGUUUCUUACUUUUGAUGAUCUUCACAACUACAUUAGCACAGAAAUCAGCCACAAAUCUUCAGUGUGAAAAUGGAUGGUAUUUGAUAUCUGGACAGUGUUACUCUAUCUUCAAUUCUUCUCAAACAUGGCACCAAGCUAACUCCACGUGUAACAGCUAUUCAUCAAUUCUAGCUGAACCUUUAGGGUAUCAUGUCAAUAAGAGGCUUGGAGAUACCAUCAGUAAACUAAACAGAAACUAUGUUAAUGCAUGGAUUGGUUACACAUAUCUAAAUGCUCAGAAAUCUGUGACAAAUAUCACCAAACCAUUUUGGAGUGAUGGAUCUGAAAGUAGUGUUGCAUUUGGUUUGUGGGGAGACAGCCAACCCAGCCUAGAACAAGGAAAAUGUUGCAAUUUAAAAUAUUCAAACGAACAAUGGAAAUGGUCUUUAAAUCGUUGUAGCAACCCAGAACCAUUUAUUUGCCAGAAGCCAGCAUGCCCAAAAGACACAUUUAACUGUGGCCUGACGGGCCAACGUAAAGGAAGAUGUCUGGAUAGAAGCAAAGUAUGUGAUGGCCAUACUGAUUGUGAGAAUGGUCUGGAUGAAGCCGACUGUGCUGAAGACUGCCAAUUUUUAUUGAAACAAUCUGAGGGUGAAAUUAAACUUACAAAUAUUAUUCAAAGACUUGCAAAGUCGUUGAGCUGUCAAUGGAUCAUAGAAGGAAAAGUUGGCAGCAAGCUUCAAAUCUGGUUUGAAUCAACAGACAUCUUGCAGGAUCAAGCAGAGCUUGAAGUUUGGGUUGGAGCAAGGUCAGUCUCUGAAAGCUAUCUUGCUGCCAUUCUAAAGGAACCAAGAAAACCUGCUGAAUACAUCUUAAGUUACAAUAACUUUAUUAUUAUAAGGCUCCAGGUUCAAUCUACAGAAAAUCUGAAAUCCUUUCAAAUAAAGUGGCUUUCAGGUCUAAGAUGUUCUUGGAUCCCAUACCCUCAUCAUGUACAUCUGGAGAGUGAGCCAACCCACUGUGAACAAUGUGACUUAAAUAAAUGCAUGGAAACUUGUGAAAAGUUGAAGAAUUGUUCUAUGAUAACAGUUAACCAUGACAAAGGUUUAUGUGAACUGUACCCCAUGGUACCACUAUCAGUUGAAUCUAGUUGUUGUGAUAGCUAUGUCAAGUCUUGUCCUGAAGCUACUGAUUCCUCUGAUUUGUUGUCACGUGAUGCAGUAUUAAUGUCUACAGAUGAAUAUCAGAGUAUCUACUCCCCAUUGUAUCCAAAUAUGCCUCCUGGUAAUAUGGAAAAGACAUGGCUAUUAUUAGCUCCUUUUGGGGAUAUUGUUACUCUUCAGGUCCAAGAUUUGAUGUUGAGUAAUGAAGAUGAACUUAUUGUGUAUAAUGGAGAAUCUGAUCUGUCAGAAAUUUAUGUAAAGUUCACAAAUGCAGCUUAUCAAUACUCAACACCCAUUAUCUCCACUAAAAAUACUAUGUAUAUAAAAUACAACACUGGAAUCUUUCCCAACAAAAGUCGUGGAUUUCUUGCUAAAUUCAGAAAAGGUUGUACUUUCAAAGUUGAUUCUAAUUUUGGAUAUGUUAGUUCCCCUGGUUAUGGCACUACAUUUUCUUACCCUCCUAAUGUAGUCUGUGAAUGGGAAAUUGCCCCAAAGUCAACUAUGAAACACUUAAUACUUGAAUUCUCACCAAAAUUUGGUUUGGAAAAUGGCAAAGACUUUCUUGAGGUCUACAAUGGAACUAUUUCUUUUGAAAACAAGUUGCACCAGGGUGAAGGUUUUACAGGAACUACAGUUCCUCCUAUUCUAACCUCAAAUUCUCAAAAAUUCAUCUUAACAUUAAGGACAAGUGCCAACACUGCUGGUGUUGGUUUCAAUGCUACAUUUUAUGGAGAUAGCUACUGUGGACCAGUUCCAGUUUUAGAGGGGGGACGUUGGAUACAUACCUCUGGAUUUAAUACUGGAAACAAUGCUACAUUUGAAUGCUUUGAGAACUUUGAGGCAAAAUCUGGAAAUACGAUCUAUUGUGACAAGAAUGGUAAUUGGGAACCACAACCAGAAUGUUCAGUGAAAACUUGUCCUACUUUGCAACCUGUUCUUGGUGGUACAUGGGAGAAUAUUCAGAACAUAAAUGGUUUGAUGAUAUUUCAUCUUACUUGUAAGACACCAAAUUAUCAAAUCUCAGGUAGUCCAGAUGUAUUCUGCUGGAAUGGAACUUGGUCAGGGAAUCCAACUUGUUGUCGGCAGAAAUGCAAUUUGAAGAUGUUUGCUAAUGUCAUUGACAGGACUAGCAUCACUGGUUACAUGAAAGGGGACAGUGUGAAUAUUACAUGUGCACAAGGCUAUAAAUUAGUGGGUAAAAACCCUUUCCUUUGUGGAGUUGAUCCUAUACCUUCCUGUCAACCUGUUGUUUGUGAAACCCCACAGAUUGCAAAUGCUACUAUACUUUCAUUACAAAAUAUCUUCUACUUCAAUGAUUCAGUAAAAGUUGUAUGUUCAGAAGGGUAUGAAUUAGUAGGUAACUCAACUAUAACCUGUCAACACUAUGGCAACUGGACUUCUUUACCAACAUGCGAAGAGGCUGAGUGCCCUCCUGUGGAAAGGAAUGUUUUUACAUUCGAGGGUACAGUUGACCCAGCUGGUAAGACAAAGUAUGGUGAAAUCGUAAAUAUUACCUGUAAUAUAAAUGUGCAGAAAGUAUAUCAAAGAAGAUGUCUGUAUGACUUGAAGAAUAAAAUAUUCACGACUUUGGGAGAGAGUUCAAAAUGUCACACUAUUGACUGUGGCCAACCUAAACAGAUUCCAGGAAUGGUAAUGCCUGACCAGUUUAACUGCACACAUCAUGGAUGCUCUUUUGAGUUUCAGUGCCUUCAGCCAUUAUUUAAAGUUGCUGGUGAAAGUGCAAUGAAGAAUCAAACAGUGAUUUGUGGCAAAACUGGCCGAUGGACAUUUAAUAAUUUAACUUGUGUUGGUCCAUCAUGCAGUGACCCUGGUACUCCACCAGAUGCAAGACAAAAUUUCACUUCCUACGAAGUAGGAAAUUUAGUCCAAUAUGUUUGUUUGCGACCUGGAUACAAACCAAAACCUCUUUAUCCCUUAAAAUGUGUUGUGAUAAAUAAUGCAGCACAAUGGAAUCAUACAACUCCUGUAUGUGUUGAUGUUGAGAAACCAACAUUUAAAAACUGUCCACCAAAAAUUCUUUAUGUUGAAAGGCUGUCUCGUCUCAACAGAGAAACACCCAUAGCUCAAGAUAAUUCUAAAUACCUGAAAUCAGUCAUUGUGAGGCCAAUACUCUUUCAUAUAAACCAAACAAUCUUAAUUGACACCCCAGUUACAUAUGUUGCAGAAGAUGAUGCAGGCAAUGUAGCUGAAUGCACAUUCCAGAUUGCUAUUAUUGACCACGAAGCUCCGGAAAUAUUCUGUCCCGGAGAUCAGGAAUAUUUUCUGCAAACAAACAAAGUGUUAAAGAAGGAUGACUUUUUAGUAAAUGCUACUGAUAAUUCCAAUUCAGUAACUUUGACUUUUGAACCAGAAGAAUUACACCUUAAGUAUAAGAAGUCUUUAAGUGUUUACACUAUGAAAGUAACUGCCACAGAUCCAUCAAAUAACACAGCAAGUUGUUAUAUCUUUGUUAAAGUUAAAUUUAACAGCAGCGAAAUAUGCAGAGCUGAAAACCUCAUCUUAAAUGCACUAUUGAAUUGUUCAGACAUUCCUGAUAGGGUCAGCUGCACAAUAUCUUGCAGGAAGAAUUAUAAAUUUUACCAUAAUAUUAGUGCAGUCAGUGAAGUUAUCAGCUGUAAUUUUACCAAUGGAUUGAACCGAGAAGCACUUUUUUGUGUUGAAGAAAUAUCGAGUAGCUACCAACUAGCUGUUGUGUAUGUAUAUAAAACAGAGAAUAUUACAUGUAUACAAAAUGAGCUUAUGAAAGAAGUUCCUGGUGUAUAUAAGGAUUUUGCCUCACAGCUUCAUCAGUUUUAUGGUGAAAGGUUUAACAUCACAGAACCAAAAUCAUCUUAUGCAUCACCAGUUUCAACAGAACUGAAAAAUAGUUCGGUUUAUGCGACUGUUCGACUUGAAUAUAAUGGAGAUGCUAAUCUUUGGAGAAAAUUAAAGAGCCACUUUGACUCAUAUUUUGCAAUGAAAUCAGGAACUGACCAUUUUAACCCUAAAUGUGCACCAAAAAAAGAAAUUUUAGACAGCAUAAGUGGUUUCAAGUGUUCUGGGAAUGCAAAGCUUGUUCAAGAAAAUAGAUGUCUUACCUGUCCUCCUGGAACAUAUGGUUUUGAUUUCAAAGACUGUCUACCUUGUCCACAAAAUACUUACAACUCACAGUAUGGCUCAAGUAACUGUACAACAUGCCCUCGUGGGACAUACAACUCUCAAAAGGGCUCUUCAAGUAUACAAGACUGCUUUGAUGGUUGUCCAGAAGGGACUAUCUCAGCAACUGGCCAUAUUCCAUGCAAACUAUGUCCUAUAAAUACUUACCAGUUUAACAAAACGUUUUGUGAAACAUGUCAAGCAGCGCUAUUUACUCAGUAUAAAGGCGCCACCAGUGAUAGACAAUGUGUCGACCAAUGUUAUCCUGGUUACUUUUCUGCAACUGGUUAUGCACCCUGUCAGACAUGUCCUGAGAAUACCUAUAGUAUGUUCCACAAAAGUACCAUGUGUACUCCUUGUAACUAUAAUGAAACAAGUCAACCUGGUUCAAAAUCACGGUCAGGUUGUUCAGAGACUGAUAUUUGUGAUAGAAAUCCUUGUAAAUAUGGUAAUUGUUUAGUUGUCAGACAUCAUUAUGAGUGUGACUGCUUUCCAGGUUAUAAAGGAGAAAAUUGUUCUGUUAGUAUUGAUCCCUGUAUAUCAGAUCCCUGCUACCAUAAUGGUACAUGCCAAUUUACUAAGGAUGGCAAUUACACAUGUUUCUGUGACCCAAAUUUUGUUGGUCGUAACUGUGAAACGAAUAUUAAUCACUGUAAGGUGGAUAGUUGCAAAAAUAAUGGAACCUGCCAGAAUCUAUACAGUACCUUCAGAUGCCUGUGUCCUUCUUGGAAUCAGUAUACUGGAGAUUUUUGUAAUGAAACCACAAGUCCCUGUAGUUCGUCACCAUGUCACAGCAAUGCUACAUGUAUUCUUCAUGGCAAAAAUUUCUAUUGUGAAUGUCCUUCAGGGUAUACUGGAGAACUCUGCAAUAUUGAUAUUGAUGAAUGUCAAUCCAGCCCAUGUUUGAAUAAUGGUACCUGUACAAAUUUACUCGACAUGUUUAGCUGCAGUUGUCAAUCAGGAUUCUCAGGAAGAUUCUGUGAAUUGUAUAGUGACCCAUGUAGUCUUGUUAACUGUACAAGCAACUCAAAAUGUAUUCCAGACUCUUCCACAAACAAUGCUAUGUGUGUAUGUUACCCAAAUUUCUACAAAGAUAAUAAUGGACUAUGUGUUCCUAUAAAUUCUUGCAAAACUAUAACUUGCCAAAAUGGUGGCACAUGCAUUGAAAAUAAAGGUACUAUUUCAUGUCAGUGCAAUCCGGGAUAUGAAGGGUCCCUUUGCCAAUAUAAUUCUAAAGCGUGUGGCAAUCUCACUUGUCAAAAUGGAACUGUAUGCCAAGAAGACAAAGGUAUAUACCAAUGUGUCUCUAAUUCCAAUCAAACUAAAGCUGAAGAAACUAGAACUGUCUGCUCUUUUAAUGUAACAAACAACUGCACUAAUUUUGAUCCAAGAAACCAUAAUUGUUUGGUCAAUGGAAUAGCUGGAGUUUACUGUAAGGAAAAUCCUUGCCAAGGUAUCCAAGAGAAUGGUACAUGUCCAUGCUUACCAGCAUUUGUCAAUGAAUGUGAUAGUAAACCCUGUUUAAAUGGGGCUACAUGUCUUCAGAGUGGAAACUCCUCGCGUUGCAUAUGUUCAUCUGGUUAUUAUGGAAAGACUUGUGAACGUAAAAUUGAUGCAUGCCAAACAGUAAACCAUUGUCUAGGGUCGAAUAGCAGCUGUCGGAUGGUCAAUAAUAAAGCUACUUGUAUCUGCCCUACAGGUUUUGGAGGAAUUGGCUGUCAAGACAAAUCUUUAUGUUCCCCUGAAUCUUGUCAGAAUAAAGGCAUCUGUUUGGAGAAGUCAAAUAAUAUAACGUGCACUUGUCCACUUGGAUUUACUGGUGAAGUUUGUGAGAAUGUUACUAAUCCAUGCUCCAAGAAAUCCUGUGCUGGACAGAAAUGUCAAGUAAAGAAUAAUCAAGCAACCUGCAUGUGUCCUUCGAAUAAAUGGGGGUCUCAAUGUCUCAGAGAUAUCCCCUAUGGAAGUGACUUGGUAGUUCUGAAACCCAAAGGGUUUUUUGUACCAAUGAAUGCACCUGAGUUUAGUCGUAUCAUAGAGGAUCAGUUGACCAUGACCUUCUGGAUAAAGUACAAUGAAGACAUGAACAAUGAGAAACAGGCAUCUGCUACAAGUAUAUGUCUCUACGGAUCAAAUGAUUUGAUAAAUCCAGUAUUCAGUGCUAAGGAAUUGGUACAUUUACAAGGUAACACCCUGUCCCUCCAGAUGUUUGAUGACACACACACCGUUACCUUGAAAUCUUUAACUAAUGGAAUCUGGCAUCAUGUGAUACUACAAUGGAGCAAUAGUGAUGGAAUUCUCUUGGUUUAUCACAAUGGAGACUUAACUUUAGAAAAAAAUCUCGGUAAUGGAAAACAAAUUCCACCACUGGGUUUACUAGUUGUUGGUGGGAAAUUAAACACAAAACAAAGUGCAAUUGAAGCCUCUUAUUUCUCUGGUCGGAUCAGUCGUUUAUGGAUUCUCAACCAAACUUUAUCGAAAGAAAAUUUACAGAAUUUUUGGAAAAACCCAAGCCAAACACCAUCAAAUAUUUUGAGCAAUCUUGUGAAAAAUAUGCUAAUGUUGCCAAAUUAUUUGUUGGAUUUCCAGUCUGAAAUAAAACCAGAUAUGUGUGAGAUCAAGAAAAAUUGUCCACAAACAAAUAAAAUAUCAUCGCCAACCGUGAUUAAAUGCCCCUCUGACAAGCUGUAUAUAUCUAAGCCCUGGAGUACUCUGAAGUGGAACAAACCAGAGUUUAAAGAUGUUGACAGAGUUAUUUCUAAUUAUAAACCAGAAGUUACCAAUUUUGAUUGGGAUGACUAUACUGUGAUCUACAUUGGUUUUGACCAAUACAAUUCAUCAGCUGUGUGCACUUUCAGAAUUUUUAACCACCAAUUUGAAUGUAAAAAACCAAGUGAUCCAUUUGAAGGCACGCAACAUUGUUGGACAGAAAAUGAUUCACUGCUGUGUAAGCCAAAAUGUAAUGAUGCUAGUCAUAAAUUAGUAUUACUUGGACCCAGUUUUUAUGCCUGUGGUCCUUAUCACAUGUGGGGCAAGCAUAACCAGUCAGUUCCUUUCAAAUAUCCACCUUGUUCAGCUACUAGUAAAAGUUUGAAAAACAUUACUCUGGAAUUUUCCAUUGAAUUUAAACAGCCAUAUGAUGACAGCCAGUUUUCAAGCAUCUGUAAACUGAUAAAAGCAAGCUUGAAAGAAGUUCUUGAGAACCGCACAGAUGUCUCUUGUCCUACAGGAGAUUGUAAGUUAGUUGUAACAAUUAAUGGCAAAGCAUGUGCUAUAGAUUCUCAAGAUAUAAUUCGCAAGAAGAGAAGUACUUCAACUUCAAAUGUGGCUAAUAUUCAAGUUGGUAUUAAUGGAAUAGUUUUAAAUCCAUCUCAGAACCAGAGCACUAAUUUGACACAAGAUAUGAUUGUAGCAUUAAUUGGUAACAAUGAACUUAACACACAGCUGAGUGCAAUGAAUGCAAGUUUGGUCUUGUCUUCAGUAAAGCCUCAAGUAGUUAGUUAUUGCACUGCAGGUGUUUUACAGGGAUCAAGCUGUGUUGAAGCUGGCCCUGGGACAUUUUGGUCCAGUAAGCACAAUACUGUGAAAUCAUGUCCAAAGGGCACAUACCAGCCAAAUUCCAGAAGUAGUAGCUGUAAUAAUUGUACAAGUGGUAAAACUACUGAAACAAUUCAAUCUGUCCAGGAAAGUGAAUGCAAAGACACAUGCCCUGAGGGUUCCUAUUUCCAGUCAUCCACAUCUAAAUGUACACAAUGUAGUGUUGGCUUCUAUCAAGACCAGCCUGGAAUGUUCCAGUGUGAAAUUUGCAGACAAGGUAACACAACAAACGAAAAAGGUAGCACCAGUGAGUCAGAAUGUGUAAUACUUGCGGAGAAAAAAAGUGAUAAUACUAAACUUAGAACAGCUGCAAUUGUUACUAUAGUAGUUGUCCUAACACUAUUGCUUUUGGCGAUAAUUCUCGUGGUUUACUUCUGGAAGCAUCUGAAGAAACGUUGCCCUUGUGGCAACAAAGUUAAAAAAAUAUCACCAAUAGUCAUUACUGGCAAUGGGAAGACGCCAAGCAGUGAAGUUAUCAUCCUUCCCGCUAAAGUAAUUAACAGCCCAGCAAAAUCUACAGAAGAUUAUUCACCAAGAAUCUAUAACCUGCAGGAUUCAUCCGAACAUAAUGUAUAUCAUCCAGUUGUAUGGCCAAAGUCAAAUGAAAGUGAAAGAACGGUUCAAAAAAUACAUUUGGCAAAUUAUCAUGACAAUAGCCAAAAGAUAAUGGUUGAUUCAGAUGAAGAAGAUAUGCGAUAACAACUAUCAUUUUAUCAACUUUGGUAAUUUUAUCAACCUAUUCUGUAUGCUAUAUUCAAGAAUAUAUUUAUAUUUCAGGAAUAUAUAAAUAUAUAUAUAUAUCCUUCAGCUAAUAUCAAGAAACACUCUCACACAUACAUU